GUCUUCUGCAUGUAGAUUGCACAACGUGUGCCGGUGUACUUGCUGGGUAAAUUGUUCAAAUUUGUAACUUUAAGGACACACACUGUGACCAUGGCAGCAGCUAAUGUCAUUAAGAGACUUGUACCCCUCUUUGAUAGAGUUCUUAUACAAAGAGCAGAAGCUGUAACAAAAACAAAGGGUGGUAUUGUUUUACCAGAAAAAGCUCAAGCAAAAGUUUUGCAAGGGACAGUUGUAGCAAUUGGACCUGGACAAAGAAAUGAUAAAGGAGAUCACAUUCCUCUCAGUAUCAAAGUUGGUGAUGUUGUUUUACUACCAGAAUAUGGUGGAACUAAGGUAGAACUUGAAGAUAACAAAGAGCUUCAUUUAUUCCGCGAAUCAGAUAUAUUGGCCAAAUUGGAAGUUUAAACUAAUGUUCCGAAUUUUUUAAGUACUAUUAACUAUUUCAUGAGAAAUAUAGAAAGUGUGAGGUAUAGGUUAAUCUCAUGUAUAGUUUGCUGUUCAUCAUUAAGU